AUGAGCACUGUUCAUAUCUUUGUUUCCAUUUUGGCAACAACACAUGAUGAAGCCCCUUCCUUUCGUCUCAAAAGCUUGACCGAUCUCAAGAAGCCUUUUAAAAACAACACUUAUUCAGAGUUGAAUACAACCGAGGAGCUUAACGAUGUUACCAUGGAAGAAGCAGCAGUUAAGAAGGAGAGGGAGAGCGAGUACAACAAAUAUGAAGAGAAGGACAGGCUGUUGUAUCUCCUUUUUGUGGUUGAAAAACGUAUGACGAAUAGCGCAGCUGCGAAGACUGCGAACGUCAACGAACAUACUGCUAGAAAAUGGAAGAGAAAGUACAAAGAGAAUCCUGAAGAAUACGUACCCUAUAAGCUAAUAAACCUUGUGCCUUCCCGCCCUGAAAGCCAGUUGAAUGAUGGGCACAGAGACCACUUGAUCAACCUCUUUGAUAAAAACAAGAGGGCAACCAUCACCGACGCCAUUGACGAUUUGACGAAUAACUUCGCUGAUCUUGAUAUUAAAAAAUCCAGAGUAGCAGAGUUUAUAAAAGAGGAAUGUAAUCUUUCUGUCAAAGUGAUUUCUAGACACCCUGCCACAAGAAAUAGUCCUGCUGUCAUUGAAAAGAGAGUCGUUUCGGUGAAGGAAUGGUUAGAGAAAGAAAUGAUUUAUCCUCAAAACUGCGUGUUUUUGGAUGAAUCAGGAUUUGAUAUCAAUAUGACUCGUAGCAGAGGCUGGUCAAAGCGUGGCGAUCCUGCCAUUGUAGAAACACCUUCAGGAAGAGCUAUAUCGCAUACUCUCUUAGGCGCUAUUUCUUCAGUUGGUGUAGUAAAUGUAUCUAUGAGACAGCCUGGUUAUAUUAAGAGAAGGAAGGUAGUCGGUGCAACCAAGCAAUUUAAUCUUCAAACGUACGUAUCCCCUUUGAUCACUUACUAUAUGUAUACUGGUGAAUAUGUCAAGUAGUAUUUAAUGUGUAGGAAAUCAAAGAGAGUAGUAAUAAAAGAGAAAGUAAAAAGAGAAAUAGAUAAUGUGCUAUUUUACAGAAGGAUAUCGAGGAAGAUUUCUUGCAUGCGAUCCACUUAUACGACACAAGAGAGCCUAAGUGUUUGCAAGUAUAGAGGUGUGGUAAGAACAGGUUUGUUAUGGUUGAUAUAUAUACACCUGGUGAGGUUUUCGUUGAUAUUGCGUAUGUACUGUUGCAUAUAUUUGUAUGUACUUACAUUCGUACUGAUCUAUCGACCAAUAUAAUUUAUACUAUCCACGCGUCUCAUCGACUAUAUAAUUGUACAUUCAUACACUAGAUAUAAAACACAUGUUAUGACAUUAUACCCUAGUUAAUUCCACAUGGUCAUUUAGAGAUAACAAACCCC